AUGGCCUCUAAGCGUUCAAGUGAAAGGAAGAGCCGCACGUCUCUCACUUUGAGUCAAAAGAUAGAAAUGAUCAAGCUGAGUGAGGAAGGCCUGUCGAAAGCCGAGAUUGGCCGAAAGCUAGGCAUCCUGCGCCAAACAGUCAGCCAAGUUGUGAACGCAAAGGAAAAGUUCUUGAAGGAAAUCAAAAACGCUACCCCAGUGAACACGCGGAUGAUAAGAAAGCGAAACAGCCUGAUUGCUGAUAUGGAGAAAGUUUUAGUGGUCUGGAUAGAGGAUCAAACCAGCCACAACGUUCCCUUAAGCCAAAGCCGAAUCCAGAGCAAGGCCCUAACUCUCUUCAAUUCUAUGAAGGCUGAGAGAGGUGAGGAAGCGGCAGGAGAAAAGUUUGAAGCUAGCAGGGGUUGGUUCAUGAGGUUUAAGGAAAGAAGCCGUCUCCAUAACGUUAGAGUGCAAGGUGAAGCAGCAAGCGCUGACGUGAAAGCUGCAGCAAGUUAUCCAGAAGCUCUAGCUAAGAUAAUUGACGGCGGUGGCUACACUAAACAACAGAUUUUCAACGUAGACGAAACAGCCUUAUAUUGGAAGAAGAUGCCAUCUAGGACUUUCAUAGCUAGAGAGGAGAAGUCAACGCCUGGCUUCAAAGCUUCAGAGGACAGGCUGACUCUCUUGUUAGGGGCUAAUGCGGCUGGUGACUUUAAGUUGAAGCCGAUGUUUAUUUACCAUUCCGAAAAUCCUAGAGCCCUGAAGAAUUAUGCUAAAUCUACUCUGCCUGUGCUCUAUACAUGGAACAGCAAAGCUUGGAUGACAGCACAUCUGUUCACAACAUGGUUUACCGAAUAUUUUAAGCCCACUGUUGAGACCUACUGCUCAGACAAAAAGAUUCCUUUCAAAAUAUUACUGCUCGUUGACAAUGCACCCGGUCACCCAAGAGCUCUGAUGGAGAUGUACAAGGAGAUUAAUGUCAUUUUCAUGCCUCCUAACACAACAUCCAUUCUGCAGCCUAUGAAUCAAGGAGUAAUUUUGACUUUCAAGUGUUAUUAUUUAAGAAAUAUAUUUCGUAAGGCUGCAGCUGCCGUAGAUGGUGAUUCCUCUGAUGGAUCUGGGCAAAGCAAAUUGAAAAGCUUCUGGAAAGGAUUCACCAUUCUAGAUGCCAUUAAGAACAUUCGUGAUUCAUGGGAGGAGGUAAAUGUAUCAACAUUAACAGGAGUUUGGAAGAAGUUGAUUCCAACCCUUAUGGAUGACUUUGAAGGGUUCAAGUCUUCAGUGGAGGAAGUAACUGCAGAUGUGAUGGAAAUAGCAAAAGAACUAGAAUUAGAAGUGCAGCCUGAAGACGUGAUUGAAUUGCUGCAAUCUCAUGAUAAAACUUUAACGGACGAGGAGCUGCUUCUUAUGGAUGAGCAAAGAAAGCAGUUUCUUGAGAUGGAAUCAACUCGUGGGGAAGUUGCUGUGAACACUGUCGAAAUGACGACGAAGGAUUUAGAAUAUUACAUAAACUUAGUUGAUAAAGCAGCGGCGGGGUUUGAGAGGAUUGACUCCAAUUUCGAAAGAAGCUCUAUUGUGGGUAAAAUGCUAUCAAACAGCAUCGCCUGCUACAGAGAAAUCUUUCGCGAAAGGAAGAGGCAAUCGAUGCGGCAAACUUCAUUGUUGUCUUAUUUUAAGAAAUUGCCACACCCGCCCCAGCCUUCAGCGACCACUGCCCUGAUCAGUCAGCAGCCAUCACCAUCGAGGCGAGACCCUCCAUCAGCAAAAAGAUUACGACUCGCUGAAAGCUCAAAUGAUGGUUAA